UCUUCUGUUUUUUUCACAACCGGAAUUUUUCGCUGUUGCUUUUGCUGCGCGCAUUCUCACGUACACACACGCACCGAGAGCGCGUGCGAGCGAGACGGCGAUGCUCAGCUGCUCGCGUUAUCACUGCAUUCGCUUUGUACACAAUUUCGUACAUGCGUCGAUUUUCGUCAGUUUCUUCAAUUCGCCUUUGUGUUCCUCGCGUGCAGACGCGUUUUCGUUUUUCUCCGCCGCUUUCCUUUAAAUUUAAAACAAAAAAUAGUGCUUUGGUUUUUGUGAAGAAAUACGAGCAAGUGUGUGUUUAUUAAAGCACAAAUGCAGCCAACUACAGUGAAGCCUGGGCAAUGGAUGUUGGCAAUGCAAGCGCUCAAAACAACGACAGCAAACGGAAUGAUUACGCACAAAUAACACUGGCACAACUUCAGUGAAAACCGCAACCGUAACACACACCAAACACUCGCAAAAGCACUCAAAAAAACCUUUUUAAACAGUUCAAAGAAAAAAAACUCUAAAAAAUCCAUCAUUUAAAGCACAAAAAGCAAAAAACCAGCGACAAAAAAUUUAAAGCACAAAUAGACACAGUAAAACCUGUGUUAUUUCCAUCCAAAAACAUACGAAAAAGCCAUGUUUAAUUUCCACAAGCCUCGCGUCUACCGCUCCGCGGAUGGAUGCUGCAUUUGCCGGGCCAAAUCGAGUAGCUCCCGUUUCACCGCCUCCCGGAAGUACGAAAAGGAGUCGAUGCAGUGCUUCAAUCUCCACGAGCCCCGCAACGGCGAGAUCUGCAACGCCUGCGUUCUCCUGGUCAAGCGAUACAAGCGUCUGCCUGUCGGGAGCAAGCGCCACUGGGGUCAUGUGGUGGAUGCCCGUGCCGGACCCGGAACCAAGUCGCUGGCCAAGCAGAAGAAGCGCGACAACGCCGAGGCGGCGGAGGGCAAGGGCGCCAAUGGUAGCGGCAAUUCAUUUCUGCCCGAAAAGUUCGCCAAGAUCUUUAAGAAGAAUCGCAAGGGCAAAGUAACCGCAGCAGCAGAAACCGCUAUAUCUGUUUCCAGUGUCAUCAAUCGCCCCAGCAGCACUUCGCCUACCUCCGAGCAUCAGCCGAGCGAUUCGAACGAGAGCUACGACGAUGAGCAGAUGCCAGGAUUGAUGGGACCCGGAUCCUCUGGACCCGGACCCUCUGGGGCGCCCUAUCAAACUCGCAAGCGGACGGCGGCCGCUGCUCUGGCCACUUCCGGAUGCUCGGAGAGCAGCAAGCGUCCCAAGCUGACCGGCAGCAAGCGACGCCGUCAAUUGCCGCCGCAAAAGAAUCGACGGGCCGUCGACAAUGUGCCCUUCUUCGAGGAAAGUGAUCUCGUCCGUCUGGAAGUCUGUUGCGGAGUGGUCUUCCAGAGUCUGGCUCUCGGCAGCUGUUGCUACAUCAUUGAUCCGGAUGUGUACCAGCCGUGCGAGAAGCACCAGCAUCUGCGCCACCAGCAACUGCUACUCAAGCAGCAGCAUUUGGAGCAGCAGGUGGAGGCCGCCGUCGCCGCCGCUGCCGCCGCCAAUCCCAUUCCCAUCGCUCAGCCCACCGCCACUCAAGUUUUAGGCCAGGGACCAAAGAUGGGGCCACUCAAGAAGCACCAUUUGUUCUUCAUGCGACAAUCAGAGACAUUUCCGGAGGGCGAUGUCCAUAGUAUAAGUCCAAUUCCACUGAGCAAGACUGAAACGAACGGCCAACCACAUUCCAAGCCGCAGACCCCCCAAACGGUUCCCGUGGGCGCUGCCUCGCCCUCGUCGCUGUCUUCCUCCUCCAACUGCUCCACCUCGUCCUCGGUGGCCACCAAGUUCAACGACAACUCCUCGGACUCGGGAUUCGAUGAGCAUGUGCUGGAGCGCAAGUCUGUGAGUCCACCAACGCAGGAUGAGUGGAAGCUGCGUGGAGCCACGGGUGGCAUGCAGCUGAUCCUGGCCAGCGGCCUGCCUCUGUCUGGACAGCCGCAGAAUCUGGUGCUGGCUGGCAAUGAGUUUACGGCACGCAUUGUGCAGCAGAGAGAAUCGGGAGCUGCAGCGGCACCUCUCAAAAUCAACGUACUAGGCGGAUCUCAGGGCAACGGCAAUAAGAUGCGUGCAAUAUUCAAUAGCGCCAGCAGCAUUCAGCAUGAGAACGGGGUGACCACCAUACUGCCGGCCUCCUCGCUGGCGGCCACCAAUCAGACGGCCGCCAUGAACGCCAUUGCGCCCAGCACGGUGACCAUAACGCCGUCGUCGGUGGGCAAGAAGGUGGCGGCGGUGCCCAAUUCCAAGUUCAUACUGCUAAAGCCCGCCAAAUUUGUGGGCCAAACGGCAGCGGCGGCGGCGGAGCCACCCGCUCCUCCUCCUCCUCCUCCAGAAGCCAAAAUCGUCUAAGCGAACGAGGACGAGAACGAAAGAGAGAGAGAUAGAUAGAUAGGAGAUGCCUAGCGUCUCGCAGGGAGUUUCCCGCCCCCUGUUACAUUUGUUAUAACUCGACCUACCUAUUUAAUGGCCACAGAAUGCCAACCACCACCUCCCUCCCAUCAAUUUAUAAUUUUUUUUUUGUAUUUUCAUUUUUUAUCUCAACGUUUAUGGACGAGUUUCCCCAUACAAUAUUUAUUUUAAGAUGUGCCCCCAAAGCAGUGCAUAAUGUACAUACACAACGCAGUUUACUUGUAUCCAUCUCCUCCCCCCUACAAUGUCUUUUGUAGAAUACUCAGCCGAAGCAGCAGCUCCCCAUAUCAUUUUAGGGUAGUAUUUAACGAUUCAAGAACACCUUAACUUAGACGUUAGUUUAUGUACAUACGAUUUAAGCCAGCCCUAAUGACUUGUUUUCGUCUAGUUGCCCAACUUAGUCAUCGUCUGCAGUUCGUACGUUACCAUGUUGAGCGAGGAUAGAACGGAUCGCAGAUCGGAGAGCAUUUUUAAAAGCGAUUUAUCGUAGUAGUUGGACGUGUAGUAGUUCAGUGCCCUAGUAGUUUGUAAUCGAACACAAAGUUUGCCCCUUUCCGCCGAGGCUUCAAGAUCGCAGCUGGGAAAGAGAGAGCGAAUUAAACCACCCAAAAUACACAGAAACAUACAAAUUGUAGCCUUAGGAAUGAUGCCUAAACAAACAAACAAAACGGAAAAAAACGAAUGUGUGUUAAAAG